AUGGAACUUCGCGACCGAGGUAACGCAUCUGCCAAAACAAGAUAUUCAGCCAACGGACCAGGACUCUGGACGCGACAGACUGCCGACAACGCGCCAACUCCUGAACCGCGCAAUCGUUCUGAAGCAAAUUCAACUUCGCCGUCACCAGAAAGAAAAUCAAAACGAAAAAGAGAAGAAAGAAAUAUGCGUCCCAGGAGACAUAGGGCGCCUUCGUCUCGAAUGGAUAUGACGGAUGAUAUAGAAAUGAGUGAGACGCCAGAAAGAGGUCCAGGACAGAACUACACACAGAACGAACAAGCGUCAGAAAAUGGGAAUGAAGAAAGAGUCAAUGGACGAGAAUUAAGCCUUGGAGAUACCUCUGCAGACGAUACAAACGACAAGUACUACUCAUUUGGCAAUCAUAGAAACGAGCCGACUUUCCUCGAUCGCAUCAAGGUUCUACCUGAAAUGCGCGAUCUACCAUGGCGUGAAGACCAGGAAUUACCACCGGAAAGAUCGACCGAGAGUCAACGCGUUCAACAGAGGGGUGCAUGUAUGGUAGCCACCAGAGGAAGAAUAAUGGCAAAUCCAUGGGAUCAAGAUGCCAGAGCUUUAAGGUAUACGGAAAAAAUCGACCUCUCCACCAAGCGAAAGCGAUCCGAAUUCGAAAAGCCAACGUAUGAAGAGGAGAAUAGCAUAUUCAGUAAAUUCAAUUCACCAGGUCAUUAUGUCAGUCCAUACCCACCUCUUCCAUCCAUCCCACGACCACCAUUGAGGACGCCCGGAUUGAAGGAAGCUCAAGAAGCAGAAUUGGACUCCUUGUUACAAGCACAAAUUGCCCGCGAAGAACUCGAUCAAGGAAAUAUGGACGAAGGCGAACCAGGCGCAAACGGGCAGCAGUCACGAGCAACUCCAAUCGUAUUGCAUCGACCACGAUUCUACGAAACUCCUGCGAUUAAACAAGUCAUGCAACAGGGAGGUCCACCUCUUCACAAUAAUCAAUUCGCCCAUCCGUUGCCGAUGCAUAAUUUUCCCAAUAAUCAAAUCGUUCAAUAUCCCAUCUCAGCUGACGAUUCUAUGAUGAAAGAACGAUCCCUCAUCGACGACACUCCGAAGAGUACACAAAAACAACUGUUCACUGUUCUAAGUGGAGUGGCAGGGGGACUCCAACAACUACAAAAAGAAUUGAAUUCAUUGAAGUCGGUUCUGGGAUGGGAUAAUGAAGAUGAUGAACCAGAAGUCGUUCGUCAACAAAACUCAUUGUCGCACAAAGAUUCUCGACAUGGUCCUUGA